CCGAAUUGAAUGUUGAGCACUAGUUUACCAUCAUGAACUCUAUCCUGGAUCGCGUAGCCAAAGAUUAUGGUAGACGGAACAACUCAAGUGUGUAUAGUAGUGGGGACGUCUUUGAGCCUUUGUCAAGUAGUAAUGCUAAGCAACGGGCAAAAUUGGUAGAAUGGUUUAGUAGUGUUCUUCCUCACUUGAGUUUGCCAAUAAAUGCUUCUGAUGAGGAUUUACGAGCAUUGUUGGUUGAUGGUUCUGUCUUAUGCCAAUUAUUGAAUAAGUUGAAACCAGGUUCUGUACCUGAGUGUGGUGGUACAGUACAUUCUCCACAGCUACGUUCAGAAAAUAUUAGAAGGUUUUUGUCUGCUAUGGAUGAAAUGGGCUUGCCCAGGUUCUACGCAUCAGACUUGGAACAGGGUUCCAUGAAGAUAGUACUGGAAAGCCUUUUAACACUUCGGGCAGAAUUUAAGCUGAAUGAUGGAGGAUACAAUUCGAGCACAGUGUUAUCCAGUAAAUAUGGGGCUGAUGCAAGCAGAAGAUGGAAACUGUUGGGUGAAAAUUCGGGAUGUGGUGAUGUUUCAUACAUAGAAGAAUUUUCAUCAAGAACUCACUCUACCCCAUCCCCAGGAGAACGGAUGAAGACAGGUUCAGAUUCAAAAUUCCAGCGUGUGUUGAGAAGUCCUGUAGUGACAGAGCCAUCAGCCGCGUUAAUACACCACGUCGGACAUAAGUUCCAUGAAGUAUUUCAGCUUAAACAAGGGAGCCACACUGAAAUUCCUGCUGCAAGGAUUUCGGAAAUGAUGAGAUCUAACAGUUUGAAUAUUGCCCCAACGCAGUCACUUCUAAGUGUUGUAAAUGGGAUUCUUGAUGAAAGCGUUGAGAGGAAGAAUGGAGAGAUACCUCAACGUGUAGCGUGCCUAUUGAGAAAAGUGGUGCAAGAAAUUGAGCGGCGGAUAUCUACUCAAGCUGAACAUCUUAGAGCGCAAAGCAAUCUAUUCAAGUCUCGUGAAGAGAAAUACCAGUCAAGGAUCAGAAUCAUGGAAGACCUUGCAACUGGGACUAGUGAAGAGACACAGAUUGUCAUGAACCAGCUUCAUCAGAUUAAGAAUGAGAAGAGCAAAGCAGAAGAGAAGAAGAAAAUUGAGGAGCAGGAUAACUCGUAUAAAUCGAAUGAGAAGGAAGAUCAUAGGCGAGAAAUCGCAGAUUUGAAGCAAGAAAUGGAAAUAGCUAAAAAAUUGUAUGAACAACACACCCUAGAAAUGAAAGAAAAGGCUACAAAAGCUCAACAAGAACUUGAGGAGAAGUUGAAGGAGGCCAUGAGCCUUUUGACAGAAUCAAGAAAUAGGAUAAAGGAACUUGAGACAUUUAUUGAAUCACAAUCUCGCAGUUGGACGAAGAAGGAGCAUAUUUACCAAAUAUUUACAGAAUUCCAUCUGGGCGCACUGCGUGAACUGAAAUUUUCUUCUCAGUCAAUAAGGCAAGAACUGGUGAAAACUCAGCAGAGCUACGGAGAGGAAUUCAAUCAACUAGGUGCAAAAGUUACAGCACUUGGACAUGCAGCUGCAAACUACUCUGCACUCCUUGCUGAGAAUCGCAAACUGCACAAUGAGGUGCAGGAGCUAAAAGGAAAUAUCAGAGUAUAUUGUCGAAUUAGGCCAUUCCUUCGUGGACAAAAGGAAAAGCAAUCAGUUGUUGAAUACAUUGGAGAAAAUGGAGAGCUGAUUAUUGUAAAUCCUUCCAAACAAGGAAAGGAAGGCCGCAGGUCUUUCAAGUUUAACAAGGUCUAUAAUCCAGCUGCAACACAAGCUGAUGUAUAUUCAGACAUUCAGCCAUUAAUACAGUCCGUGCUUGACGGAUAUAAUGUGUGUAUAUUUGCCUAUGGUCAGACUGGAUCAGGGAAAACAUACACAAUGACUGGCCCAGACAAAGCGACCGAGGAGAAUUGGGGUGUCAAUUAUCGAGCUUUAAAUGAUAUUUUCAGAAUUUCUCAAACGAGAGUGAACACCUUCACAUAUGAAAUUACAGUUCAAAUGAUGGAAAUAUAUAACGAACAAGUUCGUGACUUACUCUCAAGUGAUGGUUCACCAAGGAAACUUGGGAUAGUGUCCGCCCCCCAGCCUAACGGAUUAGCUGUUCCAGAAGCAAGCAUGCAUACAGUAAACAAGACCUCUGAUGUCUUAAAUUUGAUGGAUAUUGGACUAAGAAAUCGAGCAAGAGGUUCCACUGCAAUGAAUGAAAGAAGUAGUCGAUCGCACAGUGUUGUCACUAUUCAUGUUCGUGGGAUGGAUAUUAAGAGUGGUUCAUCCAUGCGUAGUAGUCUUCAUUUGGUGGACCUUGCUGGAAGUGAAAGAGUCGACCGCUCUGAGGUGACUGGCGAUAGACUGAAAGAGGCGCAGCAUAUAAAUAAGUCAUUAUCUGCCCUUGGAGAUGUCAUUUAUUCUUUGGCACAAAAGAAUGCCCAUGUCCCAUACAGAAACAGCAAGCUGACUCAAGUCCUUCAGACUUCAUUAGGUGGUCAAGCAAAGACACUUAUGUUUGUACAGCUUAAUCCUGAAGUUGGUUCACAUUCAGAAACCACCAGCACAUUAAAAUUUGCUGAAAGAGCAUCCGGAGUAGAGCUAGGUGCUGCUCGAAGUAGUAAAGAGGGCAGGGAUGUAAGAGAUUUAAUGGAGCAGGUUGGAUCUCUCAAGGAAACGAUAUCUCAGAAAGACAAUGAGAUUGAGAAACUGCAGCUGAUCAAAGAUAAAAAAUAUGCUAAUACUGGAGCCGACAGCGAGACAAACAGUACUGAUUGAGAUAACUGAAAAAUCAUUGAUUGAAGAGUUUCAUUGGAUGAGAGCAGAGACACUUGAGUUCAAUUAUUAUUGAUAAGUUUCUUGUAUUUUUCUACUAGUGAGUAAAUCUUGUAUGAAAUUUGUAACAUUCAAGUGUUGCAUUACUAGCCAUUUAUCUUUGGGUUAAGAUUUUGAUUUUUGAUUUAACACUAGUAAAUUAGUAACAAAGAUAUACGGAGUCGUCGACAUAUAAGAAUAAUGUUGAAUAAUGCGUAUUAGUAAUAAUGUUAGUAUUAGUUAUCCA